AAUGAAGCAUAAUUGUGAACUUCGUCUUGCCGUUAAUUAUACGGAAGAAAAUAGGACAUUAACGGUCUAUGUUUUGGAAGCUCGUCUUUUGCACGGAGAAAGCUGGCCGUCUGUUCAAGUGAGGAUUUCUAUUUCCGGAAGAGAUAGAAGAUUUACUCCCGUAGUAAGUUGCGUAAAAGAACGCGUCACCUUUGGAUGCAAAUUCAAUUUCCACCUUAAAGAUUCGGACGCAAAAAGCCGCCUGAUUUUUAGUGUCGCUCGUAAGAGUGGUACACAAAGCUGCGGAAGCGUUUCAUUUGGUAUUCGACGUUUCUUACGGAAACGCUCUUUGAAUGGAUGGCACAAGUUUGAAAGACGCGAUAAAUUGGCCGUCAAUCCCGUCGAUGUUUCAAUGAUUGGAAGUGAUAUUACGGUAUCCAGCUUCCAAAGUAUAUUCGAGAAAAAUAUGGAUUCAACAAUGUUUGAAAAGAUUAUGGAAGAGAGUAAAGAAAACCUGCAAUGUACUGACGAUAUUUUGGUGAACCUGUGCCGAAAUUACGAGAAUUUCUUGGAAAGUGGAGCUGUCUGUCAUACUCGUCCUUUGAGACGAUUUGUUUUGAAUUUGGAUGAACAUAGAGAUUUAUUUAAUAAUAUUGAAAAAAUAUCCGUUCUAAUGCGUAAUGUUAACGCUGCCUUAAGAAAUUCUACUGAUGCUAUUGAAACGUUUGCACACCACGUGCGAGUUAUUUGCGAAGCUCACGAACUAUAUGGUUCCGGUUUAAGCAAGGCUUAUUCAACAUUAAAGUAUUUGCUACAAAAUAGUCAACCCUUUCAAGACUUUAUUGCCAGAAAUGCAGCAAUUAGCGUUGCCGAAUUAUUAGUUGCACCUAUUAAUUUUAUGAAAAUAUUGUCUGAAUUAGUUAGCGAUGAUGAUGUUACUGUUUGUGUCAGUAAGAUGGCGGCAGAUAGUGUCGUUGACAGUGAUAGUGGUUAUUUAACAGUUAACCACUUAUAG